UGAGUCGGACUCGGAUACACCGAUUGGAUGCGUCUCUAUUCUCUUUUUGUACGUCCAAUUCGACUUUCCACUCCUCGCUGUUCCCCUACAAAACCGUCUAACACAAAACAAGACCCUAAUCAGCCUCUCUCCCUCUUUCUCAGACUAUCGAAAAUCGAUGGCACCCAAACGUUCAAACCUCACUGAAGUCCCACCGGCCGCUUCUUCAUCUGAAGAUGACGAGGAGACUUCCUCCGAAGGAUCUUCAGCGGAAGAAGAAGAAGAAGAAGAAGAAGAAGAGGAAGAACCCCAAACCCACUCUAACCCAUUGAUCCAGAAGAGCCCGCCCCCUAGAAAGCCUGAAACCCUCACGCCCGUCAUGGGAAACGAAGAAUCUGAGGAGUCCGGGUCGGAAUCCGGAUCUGAAUCCGAAUCCGAUAUGGCCAUGCCGAUUGUAAAGCCUCUUGCGUCGAAACCCAUGGAAGACAUGAAUGCGAAGAAACCCAGAUCCUACAAGCCCUUGGCUUCUUCCUCGUUGAAACGGCCAGCUGAGAUUGAUCAAGAUGCCAAGGAUGCGAAACGACCCAAGAAGAAAGCCGGGGAAGAAGGGAAUACAACGGCUACUGCUGUGGAGGAGGUGAAAAAGACUGGUGAAGAUGCGAAGAAGCAGCUUUUCCAGCGGUUGUUCAGUGAAGACGACGAGAUUGCCUUGUUGAAAGGUAUGUUGGAUUACUCUGCUAAAAAAGGGGCUGACCCUUGUGCUGAUAUGAAUGCGUUUUAUGAUUUUGUUAAGAAAUCAAUUCAUACCGAUGUUACGAAAGCACAAUUGAUGGAUAAGAUUAGAAGGUUAAAGAAAAAGUUUGAAAACAAUGCCGGAAAAGGUAAAAAGGGUGAGGAUCGAACUUUCUCUAAAGCCCAUGAACAGAAUGCUUUCGAGCUAUCGAAAAAGAUAUGGGGCAAAGAAGGGAUUAGUGGGAAAGUUGAGUCUUCUGCUAAGUUCAAUGGGAAGGCCAAGGCAAAUUACAAGGCAGUGGUUGCAUUGAAAGCAGAGUUGUACCCUUCACCUGAUAAAAAAGUAGAUGCUGGGCUGCCAAUGGAGAUGGAUAAGAAGGUGGCUAAGAGUUCAGGCAAUAGUUUGUUUGAUAAGAGGUUCGGUGUGUCUAGCUUGGAAGAGGAAGUUCUAAAGAAUGGUUUGGAUAUGGUUGACUGCGAAAAGAAGGCGGCCUUGGAAGCGAAAUGGAGGAAAUUGCAAAUUGCCGAAUUGGAGCUUUUCAUUGAGCGAAGUGAAUUGGUCAAGGAGCAUGCCAGGUUGAUGCUGGAAUUUUACAAGUCUGAAGACAAAUAAAGUGCUAGUAAAAUAAUGAUAUUUUUUAUGUGCAUUUUAAAGAAUGAUAACUUAUUGUGCCUAUUAGAUAAGCUGGCUUUGAGUAGCCAAUCAUGGUUAACUUAUGAAGCCGUUUCUAUGUUUGUCGGUUGCAUGCUUGCGAAAUAGCACGUAGGUAAGCAUAUUUUGUUAUGUUUGGAAUUGCUUAAUCUUUUUUAAUUUUAUUUGCUUUGAUGUGAA